AUGUCGAAAAGACCUCUAGAAGAGCCAAUACAGCCUCCAAAGCUCAGCAAAAGUGGAGAAGCCGCAGCAGAGAUCAAGGUCACAACAAAGCGACAGAAGAAUAGCAGCUCGGAAUGGACGCCAUCAUCCUGGACCACUAAACCCAUAAAACAAGAGGUUGUCUAUAAUGACCUUGCUAAAGUCCAAAAAGCUCUCGCAAAACUAGAGCAACUACCACCCAUCGUUACACCUACCGAGAUCAUCAAACUCCGGAAGUCUCUGCGAGAUGUUGCUCUUGGCAAAGCGUUCCUACUACAGGGUGGUGACUGUGCGGAAUUAUUCGAUUACUGUGAAGAGAAUGCCAUUGAAUCGAAGAUCAAACUUCUGCUGCAGAUGAGUUUGGUCCUGAUCUGGGGCGCCAACAGGCCUGUCGUGCGUAUUGCGAGGAUGGCUGGCCAGUACGCAAAGCCAAGAUCAAGUCCCACAGAGAUGCACGAGGGAAACGAGAUACCCUCCUUCCGUGGAGACAUACUAAAUGGAUACGCGGUAGAAGACAGAACCCCGGAUCCAGCGCGUUUAGUAUCUGCCUAUUAUCACUCUGCCGCAACGCUCAAUUUCAUCAGAGCGUCGCUGGCAUCAGGGAUCGCUGAUCUACAUUCGCCACUAGACUGGGAGCUGGGGCACGUGAAAGAUGAAAAGAUCAGAGCUCAGUACACCAGGAUUGUCGAUAGUAUCACCGAGAGCCUACAAUUCAUGAGGACAGUUGGCGCAGAUAGCAGUGCAAGUGGCUUAGAGACUGUCGAUCUCUACACCAGUCACGAGGGUUUGCUACUAGAAUACGAGCAGAGUUUAACAAGGAGACUAAAACAUCCACCCUCUCAUCCAGCUUUCUUGCCAGCCCGAGUAUCAUCAGAUCAGCAGGUGAACGGUCACCAAGAGUCUGCUAGCGAUGGCAAAGGCUGGUACAAUACAUCCGCCCACUUUCUCUGGAUCGGUGACCGCACACGCCAACUCACUGGCGCACACGUCGAGUACUUCCGCGGUCUCGAAAAUCCCAUCGGCAUCAAAGUCGGGCCUACCAUGACAUCUCCGGAACUCAUCGCCCUCCUUGAUGUGGUCAAUCCGCCAAAAGAUAUUGGAAAGGUCACUUUGAUUACCCGAUACGGCGAGCACAAUAUCGCUUCUCUGCUACCUGGCCAUAUUGAGGCCGUGAAGAAAAGUGGCCAUGUAGUCGUGUGGCAAUGCGAUCCCAUGCAUGGGAACACAAAGAGUACGCCGUCUGGGGUGAAGACAAGGCAAUUUUCGAGUAUUUUGAGUGAGGUGAGCAGUGCGUUGAGGAUUCACAGAGAGCAGAGCAGUUUCUUGGGAGGUGUGCACCUCGAAUUGACUGGGGAUGCGGUGACGGAAUGUGUUGGUGGGAGUGAGGGGUUGACGGAGGGGGAUCUAAGUGUUAAUUAUACGACAUACUGUGAUCCGAGACUCAAUGAGAAACAGGCGCUUGAGAUGGCUUUUCUGGUUGCAGGACACUAUCGGGAUGAGAAGAGGGCUUGA